AUGGCGCGGCGGCUUCAGGAUGAGCUGGCCGCCUUCUUCUUUGAGUACGACACCCCCCGAGUGGUGCUGGUGCGCAACAAGAAGGUGGGGGUCAUCUUCCGCCUGAUCCAGCUCGUGGUUCUGGUCUAUGUCGUCGGGUGGGUCUUUGUCUACGAGAAGGGCUACCAGACCUCGAGCGGCCUCAUCAGCAGCGUGUCUGUGAAACUCAAGGGCCUGGCUGUGACAAGGCUCCCAAGCCUGGGCCCGCAGGUGUGGGAUGUGGCCGACUACGUCUUCCCAGCCCAGGGGGACAGCUCCUUCGUGGUCAUGACCAAUUUUGUCGCGACCCCCCACCAGGUUCAAGGUCACUGUGCAGAGCACCCGGAAGGGGGUAUAUGCACGGAUAAUAGCAGCUGCCCCCCGGGAAAGGCAGAAAGGAAGGCCCAAGGCAUCCGCACAGGCAAAUGUGUAGCCUUCAAUGAUACUGUGAAGACGUGUGAGAUCUUUGGCUGGUGCCCAGUGGAGGUAGACGACGACAUCCCACGCCCUGCCCUUCUCCAAGAGGCCGAGAACUUCACUCUCUUCAUCAAGAACAGCAUCAGCUUUCCACGCUUCAAGGUCACCAGGCGCAACCUGGUGGAGGAGGUGAAUAACACCUACAUGAAGAACUGCCUCUAUCACAAGACCUUGCACCCGCUGUGCCCUGUCUUCAAGCUCGGCUACGUGGUGCAAGAAUCGGGCCAGAAUUUUAGCACCUUGGCUGAGACGGGCGGGGUGGUGGGCAUCACCAUCGACUGGAACUGUGACCUGGACUGGCAUGUACGACACUGCAAACCCAUCUACGAGUUCCAUGGGCUGUAUGAGGAAAAAAACCUGUCUCGAGGCUUCAACUUCAGGUUUGCUAGGCACUUCGCAGAGAAUGGGACCAACCACCGGCACCUCUUCAAGGUGUUUGGGAUUCGCUUUGACAUCCUUGUGGAUGGCAAGGCUGGGAAGUUUGACAUCAUCCCCACAAUGACCACCAUCGGCUCCGGGAUUGGCAUCUUCGGAGUGGCCACGGUUCUCUGUGACCUGCUGCUGCUGCACAUCCUGCCCAAGAGGCACUACUACAAGCAGAAGAAGUUCAAGUACGCAGAGGACGGGGGGCCAGGCGUGGGUGCACGUGACCCUGCGGCCACCAGCUCCACCCUCGUCCUGCAGGAGAACAUGAAAACGUCCUGACCUCCGCCCCCGACUCCUGACUGACCGCGGCCCGUGGUGUCAGGCAGGGGCUCUGGUGGGGUCCCAGCCAGGGCAGCAAGCUCUCCCCAGGAGCUCACCCACCCUCACCGCCAGGUAGACACCAGGUUGCCGGAAGCCCAGGGUGGACACUGGGAGAGACCUGCACAAUUCUGGGCUCUGGUUCCAACUCUGCACCCACCCAAGGGGGCCUCACCCUGGCCUCAGCCUCUCCACUGCCUCAUGUCUCCAGAUCUGUGCUCUCCCGUACGGCAGCCACUAGCCAUGGGUGAUGAUUUAAGUUCAAAUUAAUUAAGACUGAAUAAAAUAAACACUUUCGUUCCUCACACUAGCCACAUUACAACUGCUAAAUACACACAUGUGGCUAGUGGUUGCCCUAUUGAACCACAUAGAACAUUCCCAGCAUUGCAGAAAGUUCUUUUGGACAGCUCUGCUUGAAACCUGUUUCUUAUUGGCCCCAGAGUGCCCUGGGGAGCUUAUCAACAGUGGGUCCACCCCAGACCUCCCGAACCAGAAUCUCCAGGGCUGGUCACAUGGUCGGCAAGGAUAGCAAAUCUUUCAGGUCAUUUUCAGGACUUAAAUUUGAGAACUGCUCCAGAUCAGAUAUCAGACUUAGCUGGGGCCUGCGUCACCUGUGUGCUCACAAGCCACACGGUGUCUCACCCAUGCCCCUCAUGUGCACAGGCACCUGCAUACACACAUCCCCUCCCAUCCACACUGUGUAUUUGAACAGCUUGGGUCCUGCAAACACAACCAUCUGAACACACCUAUACCCCCAGGCACAGACUCAAGGUCCAUGCCACAUCACCCCCAUGGGGAUGUGCUUCUCCCCGAGUGUGUCAGGCCAGGACAGCCCCUUCUAGUGAUGAGUUCUGACUCAGCUACCUCCCGUCAGGGUGGGAGCCUUAGCUGAAUCUGGGGCUCCCUGCCUGUGACCCAGCGCCAGUUCCCAAUGCCUGCCCGGCUCUGUCUGAACACAAGGUCUGGGAAAUCAAGGGGUGGCGUAUAAUAAAAAGAUGAAUAAGUUCAAA